CAAACAAUGAAAAUGAAUCGGCACAAGAUUUAACGCGAUGCAAGCGUCGAGGCCGCUUACAAAAAAAAUGAAAAACUGAAUUUUUGGUCUGCAGUGACUGCAGCUGUAGUCACUGGUUCGUGGUACAUGGGAUUUAAAAAUGGCUGCAAUUAAAAUUGGUCCUCACUUGAAAGAAUUACGAAUUCUUUUGUGUCAAACAUCAAAAUCUAGUCAAGGUGUUAGAGAUUUCAUUAAAGCACAGUAUGUACCUCUUAAAAGACAAAAUCCACAACUUCCAGUUUUAAUUAGAGAAUGUUCUUCGAUCGAACCUUUCCUUUACGCACGAUAUGAACGUGGUGUAGAGCAGUGUAUUGCUUUGCAGAAUUUAAAAUCUGAAGAAAUUCUGAAACGAGUUCAAGAACUCGCGGCUAGUACACCACAGUAAUAUUUGUAGUAUAAAUGUAUGUUAAUUAAUUCAGAUAUAAAAUAAAGUAGUUGUAUAAAUUUUA